GAAGCCAUGGGAGGCUCUGGGGCGCCCUGGGACCUUGCACCUGUGCCUGGUGGGGCCUGGCCCCCGGAGGGAGGGCCUGGCCCUGUCUACCAGCUGUCAGGGGCCAGGGCUGGAGCAGGUCCAGUGCAGAGGCCUAGGGCUUGGCCAGGAAUGGCUGGGUCUUCGCAGGGGUCAAACCUAACGGGUACCCCUGGCUCCAGUCUCCGGUGGGCUUCUCUGCUCAUCCCUCUUCUACACCCAAGAGGCCCCUGAGACUGCCACCCCCACCCUGCAUUGGCUCCCUCUGGUCUCUAUUGGCCAGUGCCACCCUGGGCAGCCCCCACAGGCCCUAGCCUGCCUCACCCACCCCAGUGACAUACGGGGCGGCACUCCGCUGCCACCUGCCUUGUCACCUGGUGCUGGGCAGGUCCCUCCACUUGGUCCCCAGCUCACCUCCCCUCCCCCUCCUGGCUUCACAGUACAGCGGAGCCCCUGCUCCCAUGGCCAGCCCCGGGCAGCCUGGGGCUGGGGAGGCCCAGGAGGAGGGGGAAGAGGAGGGGACCCCGGCGGGGCGGCGGGCUUCCGUGCUGCAGCAGGCCCGGGAGCUCUUUCUGCUCUGCGACAAGGAGGCCAAGGGCUUCAUCACCCGGCUCGACCUGCAGGGCCUACAGAGCGACCUGCCCCUCACGCCCGAGCAGCUGGAGGCGGUGUUUGAGAGUCUCGACCAGGCCCACGCCGGCUUCCUCACCGCCCGGGAGUUCUGCCUCGGCCUGGGGAAGUUUGUGGGGGUGGAGCCCGCCCAGGGCACGGCCCCCUCCCGAGCGCCAGAGGAAACCUUUGAGUCGGGCUGGUCAGAUGCGCGGGGCGCCAGGGGCUCUCUGGAGGACAGAGAGGAGGAAGAGGAGGAGGAGGAGGGCCAGGAGCAAAUCUCAGCCCUGCUGGAGCAGCUGGGGGUGGCCCCCGCCCUGGGGGGGCAGCGCGCUGUGCGCGGGCUCUGGGCCAGGCUGCAGCGCGAGCGGCCGGAGCUGCUGGGCUCUUUCGAGGACGUGCUGAUGAGCGCGACUGCCUGCCUGGAGGAGGCGGCCCGGGAGCGCGACGGCCUGGAGCAGGCGCUGCGGCGGCGGGAGAGAGAGCACGAGAGGGAGGUGCGCUGUCUGUACGAGGAGCUGGAGCAGCAGCUCCGCCAGCAGCGCCAGCGCCUUCGCACGCAGAACCCGCCGCGGGAGGAGUGGAGGGGCCGCCUGGAGGUGGAGCUGCAGAGCUGCGAGCAGGAGCUGGAGCGCGCGGGGCUGCGGCAGCGGGAGCUGGAGCAGCAGUUGCAGGCCCGGGUCGCGGAGCAGCUGGAGGCGCAGGCCCAGAACGCCCAGCUGUGGCGCGCCCACGAGGCGCUGCGGGCGCAGCUCGAGGGGGCGCAGGAGCAGCUUCGCAGACUGGAGGGCGACGCGCGGGGUCGCCAGGAGCAAACGCAAAGAGACGUGGUCGCGGUGUCCAGGAACAUGCAGAAGGAGAAGCGCAGCCUGCUGCGGCAGCUGGAGCUGCUCAGGGAGCUGAACACGCGGCUCCGCGACGCGAGGGACGCCUGUGAGGCCCGGCUGCUGGGCCCCGGCCGCAGGAAGGCCCCGGCCACCGCCUGCCCGCCUGGGCCCACGCUCGGCGGCUGGACUCGUCCCCCCAGACGUGGCUCUGGCCACCUUCCCAGUGCACGGUGACCGGCCCGAGCCACGCACAGGGCGUUAGCUGGACAGGGCGCAGGGGCAGAGUAGGGAUUGGGGGGCAGUGGGGCGUCUUCCUCCUGUCCGCAUCGGUAUCCAGCGGGGAAAAAAAUCAUAAAAACUCUGCAAAUAAAGUCCAGGGACUGCCUCGGCCUCGGCCUCGUGCAAGUGCGCGGUACCUGUGCGGGGCACGUGGCCCUGGUGCGGGGCGGGCGGCUUCCGGCCGCGGGUCGUCCCCGAGCCCUCACCGUCCCUUCCGUGGGACCAGGCGGCCAGUGGAGGUUCCCACGCUCACCAGCCAACCCCGAGUGCGUUUCCCGACCCCCGCACGCAGCCCUGCCAACCGAACCGACAGACUGACAGGCCCCCGGGGGUGGGAGCCAGACGCACCGGCGCGAAGCCCCCAGCCCUCUCCCGCCCCGGGCCGGCCUCGGUUCCGCCGACCCCCUAAGCGCGGGGAGGCCGCCGGAUCUCGCCGCAGUCCGGGACCUCCGCGCGGUGGUCGCUGCCUCCUCUCCAGCCCCUCCGCCA